AUGAAUGGAUUAGUGAAGCAAAGAGUCGCGGGAGGAAUAUUGAGAAGAGGUCUGGCCACCGCUUCUCAGACUCCUAGAUUGAAGACAUUCAAGAUUUACAGAUGGAAUCCUGACAAACCAGCUGAAAAGCCACGUUUGCAAAGUUUCCAGGUGGAUUUGGAUGACUGUGGUCCCAUGGUGCUAGAUGCACUUUUGAAGAUUAAGGAUCAACAGGAUUCGUCUUUGACUUUGAGAAGAUCAUGUAGAGAGGGGAUUUGCGGGUCUUGUGCGAUGAACAUUGGUGGUAGAAACACUUUGGCUUGUCUGUGUAAGAUUGAUCAGGACCAUAAGAAGGAGACUAAGAUUUAUCCGCUACCUCAUAUGUAUAUCAUCAAGGAUUUGGUGCCCGAUUUGACAAAUUUCUACCAACAGUACAAGUCGAUUCAGCCAUAUUUGCAGAGGUCUACUUUCCCAGCGGAUGGUAAGGAAGUCUUGCAGAGUGUUGCGGACCGUAAGAAAUUGGAUGGGUUGUACGAAUGUAUCUUGUGUGCUUGUUGCUCCACUGCUUGUCCUUCUUACUGGUGGAACCAGGAACAAUACUUGGGUCCAGCUGUGUUGAUGCAAGCUUACCGUUGGUUAGUUGAUUCAAGAGACCAGGCUGGUGCCAUUAGAAAGAACAUGUUGCAAAACUCUAUGUCCUUGUACAGAUGUCACACCAUUAUGAACUGUACUAGAACUUGUCCUAAAGGUUUGAACCCUGGUCUAGCAAUUGCAGAGAUCAAGAAGGCUAUAGCCACCGAUUGA